AUGCCUCCUUUCCUCAGCAAUUCUCCUACUGUAUUUAAAUUCUGGGAGCGUCAUCCACUACGCUUGGAGUUCAGCUUAAAUCUAGAAUAUAUGGAACCGAGCAUGCCUAAGGGCAAGGUUGAUACGGUAUGGGAUGUACAGUAG